UUGUCAUUGAGCACGGUGGAUUUAAUCCGUAUAUGAUCUUGUGUAUAUAAUCUGUCGGUAAAGUGUUGAAAUGGCGGAUUUUCACUCCAGCUUUGACUUGCCAUCGGCUGGUUCCUCGGAGAAGGCAGAGGCCGCGGAGCUGCAGCGUAUGCUCGCGGUGGAGCAGCAGAAGGCUCAGUUUCAGGCGCAGGUUCACAAUUUUACGGAUGUAUGCUGGGACAAGUGCGUGGACAAACCGAGCUCCAAACUGGAUUCCCGGACUGAGACCUGUCUGGUGAGCUGCGUGGAGCGCUUCAUCGACACCACACUGACCAUCACCAACCGAUUCACGCAGAUGGUCCAGAAGGGCACGCACUGACCGCAGGACAGCGGCCUCAAGGACAG